AUGGGGGAUCGCGCACAACGCCAGCCUUCGUGGCUACGAGAUUCGACUAAAAAUGUCCCUUGGGUAUUGCUUGCUGCACAAUCCACUGGAUUUGUGUUGCUAUCGCACUAUUCCCAAAUCAUGCCACCUGCGGGUGGUAAACGAUACCUUACCUCUACCGCCGUUUUCCUGAGCGAAGUCGUUAAACUCGCGAUCGCCCUGACUAUGGCUCUCUACGACGUCUCGAAGAAUGCGCCACCCUCAAUGCCCGCCACCUCCCUCUUCUUCUCCCUCUCAAGCGCCGUACUCUCAGGGGAUAGCUGGAAGUUGGCAAUCCCUGCGGGCCUCGGCGUUUUUUCCAACUCCCUCCAAUACAUUGCGCUGUCUAAUAUGCGCGCGGCGACUUUCCAGGUUACAUUCCAGCUGCAGUUUGUGACUACGGCCAUCUUUGGCCUCAUGGCUCUGCGGCGAAGCAUUGCCCCUCGAAAAUGGGGUCUGCUGUUGCUUCUGCUGCUUGGCGUGGCCUUGGUCCAGUUCCCGGAUGCAAGUGCGGAGCAAAUGUCGUUCGGCGAUGAAGCCUCGCGUCUUCACUUCCCCCGUUCUUUGGAAGAAUGGAAGGCCGUGAAGGGCGUUGGCGGUGCUGCUAAAGUGCAUAAGCGCUCUGCUACGUACGAGGGUAUCGAGGAAGAUAUUCUCACGGCAAACCCGCGGCUGAACCCUACCGUGGGUUUGCUUGCCGUUAUUGGCGCUGCGCUUACCUCGGGUAUGGGUGGCGUCUACUUUGAGAAGGUCCUCAAGGACAGCUCCAACCACAUCUCUUUGUGGGUGCGUAACGUGCAGUUGGCUAUCUACUCUGUCUUCCCGGCGCUCUUCAUUGGUGUGGUAUUCCGGGAUGGCGAGCGGAUCGCGAAUGAUGGCUUCUUCCAGGGCUAUAACUGGACUGUCUGGGCUACCAUUGUAAUUCAGGCUCUAGGUGGUAUCAUUUCCACAUUUGCAAUCAGCCAUACGCAACGAGACCCCAGGUGCUUGGCGACGACCAGCAGUAUCAUCUUGAGCAUAAUUGGAAGCAUUUGGCUCUUUGACUUUGAACUGACGGCCAGCUUCUUCCUGGGCUCUGCUGCAGUCCUGGUGGCUACCCACUACUAUGGCAACCCCAGUUUCAACCCCGCUGCAGUCAAGGUCGGUGGAAUGCGUCCACCGCCCAUUCGCAUCGACAGCUAUGAGAAGGACUCCGGCCUCGAUAAUGGAUCCCCCGUGGGAGACCUUCCCGACGAGAUCUCCAUCAAGCUGCCGACUACCCCUUUCUUGUCUGACGGCAUGUCAUCUUCUCGCCCCCAGUCGCCGAACCCGGGCCACACGCGGGUGAGCUCCAGCCGGAACCCCAGUGAAGCACACUAUUACGAAAAGGAAUAG